GGCCUCAGCGCAGGACAAAACCCGCUGAGGGGCCUGGCCUAGUCGUGAAGGCGCCCCUUCUCUACAGGCGGGUCCCGCCGCAGGUCGAGGCGACCCCGAGCGGUGGGAGGGUGGAGGAAAACGGUGGGAGAGGCGGGGAGAAGCUGGGAGGGCACCCGGGGGAAAGGACACUCACGUUUCGGGUGCUCAGAUUUCCUGGAACCACUAAAGAAACAUGGAUUCUACUCCAGAAGAUACUGAGGCCUCUUCAACAGAAAAUAUGACUCAGAAUCUAUUCGGUUAUCCAAGAAGCAUCAGUGGGGAAGAGAUUGAAAAUAUCAAUCAAAUAUGUAAAGAAGAAAGCUUCUGGUACAGAGCGCUUCCUCUAUCUCUUGCAAGUAUGCUUAUUACUCAAGGACUAAUUACUAAAGGGAUUAUCAAGACUGCUUCUACGAAUACAGUAGUUGUUGUUGGUGCUGUGGCGUUUUUUGUUGGGAAAAUGUUAUAUGCUAAAAAAUGUACACAGAGUUUUGAAAGUCUUCUUGUGCCAUUCGGACCGGAACAGAACAGGAAACAUUAUCCUACAGAUGAAGCCAAAGCCAAUCCUCAAAUGAAAAAAACAGAUACUUCUGUUUCUUAAAACAAGCACACAUUAACAAAAUUAAUAUUUUGCUCACAUUAAUGUAUCCCCACUCUUAUGCGAAGACA